UGUUGUUUUGCCAGUGCUAGUAGCAGAAGACAGAACCAGAUAGAGGAUCAAGAGGAAAAGUUUCUCCUUCGUUAUGCCGGCUGCUACAUUCUUCAGAAGAUUGCCCUUAAGAUGUGCAGCGAAACAGUUCCACACUACAUCCCGGAAACGAAAAGGUUUCAUGGUGACAACGCCGAUAUUUUACUGUAACGCAGCUCCGCACAUUGGUCAUCUUUACACAGCAGUACUUGCUGACGCUGCUUCCCGGUUCCAUGAACUUUUGGGAGAGGGAAACUCAGUCUUCGUCACUGGUACCGAUGAGCAUGGAACAAAGAUAUAUCAAGCUGCAGAAGCCAAUAAGAUGUCACCAAAAGAUUUCUGUGAUAAAAUAUCUUCAGAGUACCGAUUGUUAUUUUCUGAGAGUGAAAUCAAGCACACUAAGUUCAUACGAACCACCCAAGCUGAACACAUAGAGGCAGUAAACAGCUUUUGGAGAAAGUUGAAAGACGGUAACUUUAUAUACAAGGGUACCUAUUCAGGUUGGUACUGUGUUGCUGAUGAAGCUUUUUUAUCUGACACCCAAGUGAAAGAUGGGCCACACUCAAACGGAAAACCCUGUAAAGUAUCAGUGGACUCAGGGCAACCAGUUGAGUGGACUACUGAAGACAAUUUUAUGUUCCGCCUAUCACAUUUUAAAAAUGACCUGCUACAUUGGCUUCAAAGAGAAAAUGUAGUAAAACCAGAAAAUUUUCAAAGGGCCCUUGUGAAGUGGCUAGAAGAAACAGAAUUGGAAGAUCUUUCAAUUUCACGUCCAGUAAGCAGAGUCCCAUGGGGUAUACCUGUUCCUGGUGACUCUAAUCACACUAUUUAUGUUUGGUUAGAUGCUCUGGUUAAUUACCUAACUGCAGCGGGCUUUCCCAACCACACCAGUUUUCACAAUAAUUGGCCUCCUAGUCUGCAGAUUUUAGGAAAAGACAUCUUGAAGUUUCAUGGAGUUUAUUGGCCUGCAUUCCUCUUAGCGGCAGGUCUUGAGCUCCCUAAGCAGUUGCUUGUACAUUCUCAUUGGACUGUGGAGUCUGAAAAAAUGUCAAAGUCUCGGGGGAAUAUAGUCAAACCUCCUUCUCCAUCUUAUGGUGGUUCAUUGAAAGAACUCACAGCAAUGCGUUAUUUCCUCCUUCGGACGGGCACACCUCAUAAAGAUAAUAAUUACAGUAAUGAUUCCAUGGUUCAUGAGGCCAACACAGAUUUAAUGGGAGCAAUUGGAAAUCUUCUGAAUCGAUGCACUGGUUCAGUCUUGAAUCCAACUCAGGAAUUUCCACCCUUAAAAGAAAAACUUCCUGACUGUCAAGAAUGUCGAGACUUAAUGAUUUCAGUUGAAAAUUUAUCAGUUGUAGUUAAGAAACAUUAUCAGGAUUGCAAUUUUUACCUUGGUAUCAUAGAAAUCUUAAGAGUCAUAGAUUCAGCAAACCAAUUUUUUACCUUAAUGGCACCUUGGAAGUAUUGCAAGGAAGAUAUUUCAAAAGGAGUUCUUUUUCCAAUAAUACAUGUCACAAUGGAGGCCCUUCGAGUUUCUGGAAUAGCCCUUCAGCCAGUCAUCCCUUCCUUGGCAUCCACUCUCCUAUCAAGACUUGGUGUGCCUGAAAGUAACAGAGAGUGGAGUGAUAUGGAGAAAAUAAGUUGGAAUGGAGGAGCUUCAGCAUCUGGUUAUAAACUAGGAUUGGGACAUAUUAAAUUGUUUGAAAAAAUUGGUGAAAAAGUGGAUGAGAAAAGUGUAAAAGUACAGCCCAAGAAAAAAUCAAAAACAAUACCAUGAAGAGCAAACUUUUAGACUGACAAUAUUCUUCCUGCUUUUACAUCUUCUGUACAAAAAUAUCCACCAAUAGAAAAGCAUUUCUGAAAAAUAAAACUUAAAAGGUAAGGAGUUCUAAUAUGUAAAAAAAUGAAGUAAAGCUUACUACAUUGACAACA